AUUUUCCGGAGUUUCUUUAAAAAUAUUAAAAAUUUGCAGCUCAGAUAUUUUGUUAUAAUAUUUAGGUUCCCUGCGAAACAAAAUUUUACAAAAUAUAUUGAAGAAGAUAGUUGAAAAUGUUUUUCAUGCGACUCAAUUUGGUUGUCAUCGCAGCCCUUGCGACGCUGAUUUCAACAGUAGUGGGGCCGCCGCAAGUGGAUCAGCAAAUUGAGUUCUUUCGGAUGCACUUGAGGAGGUACAACGAGCAGGAUGGAUGCAGGGAUAAGCCGUGGGACGUAGAGGACGGUUGCCCGUGGCCCUUCGACGACUCUUUAGCGAAACAGAACUGUCGCAACGCGAGGAACGCCUUCCUGAGUCUGACCGACGAGGAGAAGGAUCGCAUCUGCCCGGAGGCCCAGCAGGCCAAGUGUCGCAAGUGCGGGAAGGUCCGCUACGGCUGCACGUUCAUGUGCCGGCCCACGCUAUCGGAGGUGAACGCAGCCGCCUUCGCAAAUCGUCCGCUUAGCCAAAGGCUCAAGUGCAAGCAUCUUGUCAACAUCGUCGCACAAAUUAACCGACCAAUGAAUCCGUAGAGAGAGAGGCUGAGGUGGUCGCAAAUCCGCCGUAAUAGCGAAGAGAUAGUAAGUUUCCGGUUUGUUCCUACCGUUACGUAGCCCCGCUGAAAACAACCUUAUUGGUAGGUAAUAGAAUAUCCGGAUAGGGAGAGUAUGGGCAUAUCGAAAAAUGGAGUACUUAGGACCCAAAAGAGCUGUCAACCUUUCGAGGGCCGAAAUACAGGAUCAGCCUGAGCUACGAGGAAAAGCAUUACGAUGAAAAAACUGAAGAAUUGCAAAUCUCGGUUUACGGCGAUGCAAACUUUCUGCCAUACUUUAUUAUCUACAUGGAAACUUACUAAAAUGGAGUGUAAAUGGAGGUAAUUGCGUCCACUUCUUCGUUCAAAAAUGUAUUACAAACUCUCCUCUCAGAUUUGAGAAUUUUUGUUAUUUUUUCAGUGAAUAAAUUUUGAUUUUUAAAAUCAAAAAA